AUGUGGCUGCAUGCGCUGUCCAGCUAUGCGAGCUUGUUUCUCGUCGUCGCGGCCUUACCCCCGAACUCAGAUGCAUCUCAAAUCGCCCUAACACCUCACAGUAAAGGCAAUGGGCAAUGGGCACACGCGUAUCGCCGAGCUGAAAAGCUGGUGCAGCAAAUGACUUUGGAAGAAAAAGCUAACAUCACGCGCGGAUUUCACAGCGAUAAUGUCUGCGCUGGCAACACUGGCUCUGUCCCUCGCUUGGGAUGGCCCGGUAUGUGUGUUCACGAUGCUGGAAAUGGAGUUCGUGCAACCGACAUGGUCAACUCUUAUCCGUCUGGAAUCCACAUCGGUGCAAGCUGGGACCGAAGUCUGACACAUAAAAGAGGAUUCUACAUGGGCAAGGAAUUCAAGGCCAAAGGAGUCAACGUACCGCUUGGUCCAAAUGCUGGCCCAUUGGGGCGGACGCCUCUAGGCGGUCGGAACUGGGAAGGCUUUUCUAUUGAUCCAUAUCUUUCUGGCCAAUUGAAUGCUGAAACCAUUAUUGGGAUGCAAGAAGCCGGCGUAAUCGCCAAUAUCAAGCAUUUCAUCGCCAAUGAGCAAGAGACACUGAGACGUCCAUACUUUGGAGUUGAAGCUAUGUCUGCAAAUAUUGAUGAUAAAACUUUACACGAGUAUUAUCUAUGGCCAUUCAUGGAUAGCGUGCAUGCUGGUGUGGGAUCUGUCAUGUGCUCUUAUAACAGAAUCAACAAUACAUAUGGAUGCAAAAACGAUAAGCUGAUGAAUGGCAUCCUUAAAACUGAGCUGAAGUUCAAAGGAUUCGUCAUGCUAGACUGGGACGCGCAGCACGAUAUAGAUAGUGCAGAAGCAGGACUGGACAUGGUUAUGCCUCUUGCUGGCGCAUGGGGCAAGAAUCUGACAGACGCAGUCGCAAAUGGGACGGUUAGCGAAGCUCGAGUAACCGACAUGGCAACACGGAUUAUUGCCGCAUGGUACUUAGCCGGCCAAGACGGCGACAAUUUCCCAACUCCGGGUAUUGGCCUGAAACAACUCACGCAGCCCCAUGAACAGAUAGAUGCACGAGAUACGGCAUCAAAGCCCGUAAUUUUGGAGGGUGCUAUAGCAGGACAUGUCUUGGUUAAGAAUUUGAAUGACACGUUGCCAUUUAAACAUAGACUGACCAUGAUAUCUGUUUUUGGCUACGACGCCACUAUCCCACGCACGAAAAACACCGAUCUCUUGUUCCAGCAUGGAUAUACUUCGUCUCCAGAGAUGGGCCAAGCUGUGUUGGGCCAUGAAGCUCAUUUUGACCAAGCCGCGAGGGGAGGUACAAUCGUCACUGGCGGCCGAGCGGGCGCAAACUCACCAGCCUACAUUGACGAUCCACUCAGUGCUAUCCAACGCCGAGCUCGCGAAAACGGCACUUGGGUGAACUGGGAUCUCGACUCUUCCAACCCCGACGUCAAUGCUGCUUCCGAUGCCUGCCUAGUUUUCAUCAAUGCUAUUGCGACUGAGGGCUGGGACCGCGAGGGCUUACACGAUGAUUUCAGCGAUGACCUUGUUAAAAACGUGGCCUCCAAAUGUUCCAAUACCAUUGUCGUUAUCCAUGCCGCAGGUAUCCGCCUGGUUGACAAGUGGAUUGAGCAUCCCAACGUUACUGCUACUAUUAUCGCCCACUUACCUGGUCAGGAUAGCGGCGAGGCUCUCGUGAAGCUGCUUUAUGGCGAAGCCAACUUUUCAGGCAAGCUGCCUUACACAAUCGCAAAGAACGAAAGCGACUAUUCAGUAUAUGCGCCGUGCAAGCGUAUUUCUGCAGACGACAUUGACCCACAGUGUGAUUUUACAGAAGGUGUUUACCUGGAUUAUCGCGCGUUUGAUGCGAAGGAAAUCACGCCGCGAUUUGAAUUUGGAUAUGGUCUCAGUUAUACGUCUUUCCGAUACUCAUCCCUGUCAAUUGAGCCUUCAGUACGUCUCUCCAAGUCGAAGUGCAAUGACGAUAAGCUGUGGCAACCUGUGGCGAAAGUUUCUGCAACCAUCACCAACGACGGCCCUGUUUCGGGACAGGAAGUCGCACAGCUCUAUUUGGCUAUCCCAAAUAGCCCACCGAAGCAGUUGCGUGGUUUCUAUAAAACGCAGCUGCCUCCCCAGACGUCAGAAGUAGUUCAUUUUGAGCUUACGAGAAGAGACCUCAGUGUAUGGGAUGUAGUUUCACAGGCGUGGGUUAUCCAAGAGGGAGAGUACAAGAUAUCUGUUGGAGCGAGCAGUCGAGAUAUCCGUUUACAGGGGAUAGUGAGAGUUACGGAUAAUUAA